AUGAAGAGAGCAGAGAGAUCAUCAGCAUCAUUCUUAUCCGUGGCGGCCAACCUUGACACGCGAGUUGACUUGGACAAAAACAUUAAGCACAACCAUGCCAGAUACAAACCCUUCCUCUCGAUCAUGGCUUCAAAAUUAUCCUAUGAGAACCAUCAAUUUGUUGCUAACACAGUGCGAAAUCAUUGGGAUAUGGAGUUCUUGGGAUCACACAGCUUCUGGAACGAUUACCAAGAGCUGUGGUCCACACGAACAAUCAUAGUGCAAGAUACCACGUCCGAACCCAACUUGAUUGUUGUUGCAUUUAGGGGUACAGAGCCAUUUGAUGCGGACCAAUGGAGAACAGAUGUGGAUAUCUCUUGGUACGAGUUGCCCAAUGUGGGUAGGAUACAUGGUGGGUUCAUGAAAGCUUUGGGACUUCAGAAGAACAGUGGAUGGCCCAAAGAGAUUGAUCAAAGCAGCAUGGAUGGAGGCUCUCAGCAUCGUUACGCUUACUACACAAUCAGAGAGAAGCUGAGAACAAUGUUGGAGGCAAAUAGGGAUGCAAAAUUCAUAUUGACAGGGCACAGUUUGGGAGGAGCCUUGGCCAUUCUGUUUGCUGCUGUUCUCACACUGCAUGAGGAGGCAUGGCUGUUGGACAAGUUAGAAGGGGUUUAUACAUUUGGGCAGCCACGAGUUGGGGACAAUCAGUUUGGGGAGUUCAUGAAGGACAAGUUGAGAAAGUAUGAUGUGAGGUAUAUGAGGUAUGUUUACUGCAAUGAUGUGGUGCCUAGGGUCCCUUACGAUGACAAAACUCUAUUCUUCAAGCACUUUGGUCCCUGCCUCUAUUUCAACAGCUUCUACGAAGGACAGGUUCUAGAGGAAGAGCCAAACAAGAAUUAUUUCUCGUUGAUCUGGGUCAUACCCAAGAUCCUAAACGCAGUUUGGGAACUUAUUCGAGGUUUUCUUAUCCCCUACGUAGAAGGUAGAGACUACACACAGAAUUGGUUCAUGACGAUAUUCAGGAUCGUUGGACUGAUAAUUCCAGGAAUACCUGCUCAUCUUCCUCCAGAUUAUGUCAAUGUUACCAGAUUGGGAUCCUUACCCGAAUUUCUGGAACUUCAAAACUCGCAAGAUUCGAAGGUUGACUGA